UUUGAGAAAACAUCAACAUGACAAUCGGUUUUUUGUAAAAGUUCUGUUGCGUAUUUUUUUCAUUUUCCUAAAGUUAUUGAAGAUGAAUUAACUAUUGAAUCUUAAAAAUCCAUUCCGAUAAGUGUAUGACAUAGACAGCUUAUAUCUAAUCUUAGUAAAUCAGGGAUAAAGCAAUCUAUGUAAAAUGUCGGCGGACCCACUUUUUGGCUGGGAUCUAACUUUCAAGACUGUUGAAAGAGAUAUAAAGAGAAGUUCAGAUGUUCUAGUUGCGUUUAUUCACUGGAAUUUGACUAAGAGAGGAUUUCGUACAAUCGGUAUAGGUGACGAGAGGACCCUGACUGGAGAUGAAGAUAAGAGCGAGGUGCUUCCUACAGGGUGGAACGACAAUGACAACUACACCCUGCGCUAUGUGCUGGACGGGAAGCUCUACAUACUGCAUGGACUGAUUACUAAUGGGAAUCUCAUUGUCAACUUAAUGAGAUCUGAAGAUUUAGCCGUGUCAAACUUGGCUGUAAACAUUGAAGACACUGUUAAGGCUAUGUCGGGGUCCAUCGACAAAAUGAUACCCAACCACAAGGAAUUGAUGUUCAAUAUCAAAAGGGACCUUAUAGGUUCCAUUACUGACCGUCCAACAGCCACUGUCGAAACACAGACUUCUAGAAAUGAAAACAACAGAAGGCCACCUGAUGAUCCUCUGAGGGUGCCUCCCCGGCCCGGUCUACGCCCCGAGAGCCCCACCAGGCCAGACCUGUGGCACAUGCCAGAAGUGAACCCGUACAACGUGGGCCGCAGCGACCUGGACCCGUUCGCGGCGGGCCCGGGCGUCGGCGGCGGCGGCGGCAUGCUGUUCAACCCGUUCGGCCCACGUCGCGACCCAGAGAACCCCGGGCUGGGCAUACCUGGAGGAUUGCCCAGGGGUGCAGUGCCACCGGGAGCCAGAUUCGACCCAUUCGGGCCGCCGGGCGCUCCGCCAAUCAGAGGCCGAAGACCGCCGCCUGAUGCAGACCACUUCCCGCCGCCCGGGAACUUUAAUGACCACAUGUUUAUGUAGUCUAUAUGAAUUAAUCAUUGAACACAAUAUAAUUUCCAUUAACGUUUAGUAAGUCAUGGGAUUUAAAUGAUAAUAAAAUGUUUUGUUGGUAUACUGAA